UUUUAAAUGCUGUUGCCUGUACGGGACAACGUGAGGAUCCCGAAACGGAGUUUGUAAAAGGUCGAGGUCGUUUGAAAUUAUUAUUGCCGGUGGUCAGCUGACUAAACCGGGGAGGGUUUAAAUCCGGAAGGGGAGCCAUCUUGGAGAUUCAGUUUAAAGAAAAUAGAAAGAGACGCGAAAAAAAAAAAAAAAGCAAAAGAAAACUGAACGAAAAGCAAAAGAUAAACGACGAGUAUCGCAGAGACCCUCGGUUGAAGAGAACAGUGGCAAUCCGCCAGAGGCUACAGCAGCAAGUCGAGAGUGGAUUUCAACACGCCGCUGGUUUGUUCUGACUUCGCGGAAGCCGAGCCAUUGACUCUCGGACUGCUUCACAGAGAGAGACUGUAACCAGUGCAGGCCUGCAUCGCAAUAUUGGGGACUCGUACUUCUGUUGAGCGACAAUUCAAACGAGAGAUCAGACAAAAUCUCGACAAACUAUUGCAGAAAUCUCUUUUUGGAGAAUUGUAUACAUACAUGUAAAUAUAAAUAUAUAUAAUAAGAUUGCAGGUUUUUUAUGCUGCAAACUUUUGGAAUUAACGCGUUGUAUUAAAGAUUUUGUAAGACAGACUAUUGUAUAAGGAUGAGCACUGCAAGAACGGAGGCGCCAGUGAUUCUGGGUUUGUCCAAUCAGAAUGGACAGCUUAGAGGCCCCGUGAAGCCCCCAGGGGGGGGUGGCGGUGGGGUGACCCCCGCGCAACAGACCAACCAGAUCAAGAACUCCAGCAUGAACAAUGGGAACCCACAUCCGGCACAGACCCCCAACAGCACCAUCAAGCCAGGGGAUGACUGGAAGAAGAAUUUACAAGUCCCGUCCAAGGAUAUGAGAAUGAGAACUUCGGAUGUGACGGCGACAAAAGGCAACGAGUUUGAGGAUUACUGCCUGAAGCGGGAGCUGCUGAUGGGAAUAUUUGAAAUGGGCUGGGAGAAGCCGUCGCCCAUCCAGGAGGAGAGCAUUCCCAUUGCACUGUCGGGUAGGGAUAUUCUGGCCAGAGCUAAGAACGGCACAGGCAAGAGUGGCGCCUACCUCAUCCCCUUACUGGAGCGCAUCGACCUGAAGAAGGACUGCAUACAAGCUUUGGUCGUGGUCCCCACCAGGGAGCUGGCGCUGCAGGUCAGCCAGAUCUCCAUCCAGGUCAGCAAGCACAUGGGCGGAGUCAAGGUGAUGGCCACCACUGGAGGCACCAACCUGCGUGAUGACAUCAUGAGGCUGGACGAGACCGUGCACGUGGUGAUUGCGACACCAGGCCGCAUCCUGGAUCUCAUUAAGAAGGGUGUGGCCAAGGUUAGCAACGUGCAGAUGAUUGUACUGGAUGAGGCAGACAAGCUGCUCUCCCAAGACUUUGUGCAGAUAAUGGAGGAGAUCAUCGGCACUCUGGCCAAGAACAGACAGGUCCUGCUCUAUUCCGCCACCUUCCCCACCAGUGUUCAGAAAUUCAUGAGCAUGCACCUGCAGAAGCCCUAUGAGAUUAACCUGAUGGAGGAGCUCACCCUGAAGGGGGUCACUCAGUACUAUGCCUACGUGACAGAGAGGCAGAAGGUGCACUGUCUCAACACCCUGUUCUCACGGCUCCAGAUAAACCAGUCUAUAAUCUUCUGUAACUCGUCCCAGCGUGUGGAGCUCCUGGCUAAAAAGAUUUCCCAGCUGGGCUACUCCUGUUUCUACAUCCAUGCGAAAAUGAGGCAGGAGCAUCGUAACCGUGUGUUCCACGACUUCAGGAGCGGCCUGUGCCGCAAUCUCGUUUGCACUGACCUGUUUACGCGUGGGAUUGAUAUCCAGGCUGUGAACGUGGUGAUCAACUUUGACUUCCCCAAGCUGGCUGAGACGUACCUGCAUCGCAUCGGCAGAUCUGGCCGGUUCGGGCACCUGGGUCUGGCCAUUAAUCUGAUCACCUACGACGACCGGUUCAACCUGAAGGGCAUCGAGGAGCAGCUGGGCACGGAGAUAAAGCCCAUCCCCGGCAGCAUCGACAAGAGCCUGUACGUGGCAGAGUACCACAGCGAGACCGGGGAGGAGGACAAGCUGUGAGGAGCCCCAGGAGCACAUCAUCUGAGGAACUUUUUUUUUUUUUUUUUUUUU